CAAGUAUAUGAUAUGAUAUAUAUUUUAAAUUAAGAAGGAAAAAAUAAUAAUAUGAAAGAUGUGUAGUUGAAGGUCAUAGCAUCUCCAUGGUGCCACUCUUCUCCACGCUUUACUAUAUCCAGUUUGUGAUUCUUCCUUCUAUCUCUCAUGAUCAAAGGAACAAGAAGGUCUUAUUGUUAUUAUUCCCGUCAGGACCAUAAUAAGCACUAGUUGCUUUUGUUGUAUUAAAUUAUUGCAUUAUGGAGACUGAAGCUCCUGAAGACAGAGAGGAUAACAGAGCUGAUGACGACACAAUCGAAAAGGGUCCAGAAUCAUCUGAAAUAACUGAGGAACUCUCAAAUAGACGACAUGGGACUAGGAAAAGCCUCAUCUUGGAGAUUCCAACAACAAGCACUGUGGAUGAAGAUUUUGUGAGGAUAAACAUGCCUCUAACUCCUCCUCCAAGAAAAGUGGCCUUUUCACCAUGUCCAAGCCCUUCAGCAUCAAGGAAUAGAUCAACUAUGAAAACUUUAUUUCCCAAACUCACUUUAAAAAUCAGGAGCACAAGCUCACAGCAGAUCGAAAAUGCUGCUUUUCUUGCACUCGAAGGUUCACCAAAGGUGGCACCAAAGAAGCCUCUUCUUCCGAGGACAUUUUCACUUACAAAGUUGAUCACCCCUAGAGGGAAGAACACGGCAUCCUUGCCUGUAACACCGAUUGCUCACUCUAAUCCAGGGUCCACACAUGGAGGAAAUGCUGCUUAUCUAGCUUCAAUUGAUAAAGGGAUCCAAUUACCAAUGCAUCGUUCUCGUUCAGUUCCAAUACUUAACAAGGCAGGGAGCACAAGUGUAGGUGGAAUGUUUCGUAUAAUUCCAACCACACCAACAUCAGCGACAUCUCCAUCUGGUGAUAGUGUUGAGAAUGAGGAUGGUGGUGAAGAUAUUCCCGAAGAAGAAGCUGUUUGUAGAAUUUGUAUGGUUGAAUUGGGGGAAGGUGCUGAUGAUACUCUUAAAUUGGAGUGUAGUUGCAAAGGUGAACUUUCACUGGCUCACCAACAAUGUGCAGUUAAAUGGUUUAGCAUUAAAGGAAACAGAACAUGUGAUGUUUGCAAGCAAGAAGUUAAGAACUUACCUGUGACUCUCUUGCGGCUUCAAACUGCACCUAGAGGGCAGCAUGCUGAGAUUUCUCAAACAAGGCAAGGGGUUUGGCAGGAUGCUCCCAUUCUUGUAGUUGUCAACAUGCUGGCUUACUUUUGUUUUCUUGAGCAGCUUCUUGUUUCAAGUAUGGGCUCUGGUGCUGUUGCCAUGUCUCUUCCAUUUUCUUGUAUACUUGGUCUUCUUGGUAGCAUGACAUCUACAACAAUGGUGAGGAGAAAUCAUGUUUGGGUUUAUGCAACUGUGCAGUUUGUUCUGGUGGUUGUCAGUGGACACCUUUUCUAUUCAUUGGUUCAUAUGCAAGCUGUUCUAGCUAUUUUGCUUGCCACAUUUACUGGCUUUGGGGCUGUGAUGUUUGUAGCUUCUGUUCUUGCUGAGAUAUCAAAUUGGAGGAGAAUAAGUCUUGGUCAGUUGAAUCAAGAGGAGGCAGUGGCACCUGAUCAAUCUGAGGCUCCUGAAAGUAAUUUGAGAGAUUCCCCUCUUAUGCAUGUGAACCAGCUAAAUGUGCUCCCACUCGGAUAAUUCUCUUGAAGGAUGCACCAGCAAGGUGUUUAUGUCUAAUGUAGUAUAUAGAGUACAUAUUGUAUAGAAAUUUGAGCACAUUAUACUUUAGUUGUGUUUGUUUUUGCCAUGUUACAUGAGAAGUGUUUAUUUGUA